AUGCCUAUAAGAGAGACAGUGUCCGAGGAAGAACUUUUCGAGUUUGACGCCCCUCGGAUAAAGGACUUCACCAAAAAAGAGUACCAGCACCAGAAGGUGCGAAUUGAAAAGCUUCUGAAGGAGCACGGCAACCCAGGCGUGCCCCAAGACCCCUCAAAGGCACAGCUGGAGAAGAAAAUAAAAGUUCCAGCGCCGGCCCCUCGAAAGACUUUCUUCUCUGAGAUGUUCAGAGGGUCCGCGCAAAAAGCUGCGCCGGAGCCCUUUGCCAGGCCGUCUCCUGAAAGCGAGUUUUUUGAGGGUGCAGAAAUUUCCAACCAAAGCGUAGACGAUGGGUGGUUUCAAAAGAAAGAGCUGGAAAUUGAAGAGUUCCAAAACAUGUCUGUUAACACGAUAGCGCCCUCCAAGACGUCACAAAACAUUCUUUCUAGGGAUCUGUUUCUCAGCGACGACGAAGCUGAAAUACUCCCGCAUCUAAAGGUUAUAGCCACGCCCCCGAUUAAGAGGAUGAAGGUGGAAAUACACUCCCCGGAGUUUGGCCCGCACGAUAUCCAGGAGCUCUCCAAGUCUCUGUCCUUCUUGCAAGAGAAGAGAGACGGGGCAUAA